UUGGAGUCCUUGGUGACCAGCUUACAGUAGUCAGAGCUAUGGGCGCCCAACUUUUGAUAUCCACCGCACAUUCAGUUCGCUCACUUAUCCAGAAUACAAAGUAGACGUUUUCUUCCAGUUUCAGCCUGAUUUUUCGUGUAAAAUCAGGCCAGGCUAGACCUGUCGCGCAAUAUAUCCCCACCACCUUUUCGUUGGGUUUUUUUCCCCCUGUUUUUCCCGCAGCCAAAUAGUCUGGUGGCUGAAGAAAUCAAAAGGACUGUUUGGCGAACAUGGAGAUGUGAAAGAAGGUAUGAAGCGACUGCUGAAUAAGGACUGUAUGUGCAUCUAACAAAUAUGCAGUGAGGUGCCCUGGUUGCGGUCUGCUCGGUCAUCGAGCUCAAGGGGGAGAAAUUUUUCUUUCUUUUUUUUUUCUUUUUUUUUUGGAGCUUGGGGGGGAGAAGAAGUCGUGUGGUGCACAAAGAGCUUAUUAAGCUGAGCGUACAAGUUUUAACCAUGCAGCCCGUGUGCUGACAGGAGACUGAGCCUCAAGAGGAGUUGCAGCGUCGUGGUUUGUUUCUGUCUUGUUUUUGUAGACUUUCACCACAACACAAAGUUGGACAAGUUUUCAGUCAGCGUUAUAACGCUCGCUGUUAACGGGAGCUGGGUUCACACAGUCAGACGUGCUUCGUAUUCGCGUUAGGCAAAGUGUGUUUUUUCUUCUGCGGCACAGUGUGAGGCUUUCCUGAACUGAAGUCCAUUUUAAAUGCGGACUGGUUUUCGGUCAGUGGGUGCACAGCCGAGCUGCCAGUCGAGUGGCUGCCAGCGCCACUUGGUUUUUAAUUCAACUCGGUUAAUUUUCCACCUUCGGGUAACAACACCAUGGAGCUGAUAUACCAGAGCAUUGUCCUGCUGGGGUGCGUCUUCCUGGACUGGGCUCUUCUGUCGACUGCAGAUGAAGAGGUCCUGAUGAACACUAAGACAGAGACUUCGGAUCUCAAAUGGACCGUGUUCUCUCGUGCCAAGCCACAGUGGGAGGAAGUAAGCGGUUUAGAUGAGGAGAACAACAGUGUGAGGAUCAAUCAAAUUUGCCAAACGGACAGUUCAUCCAGCCACUGGCUGCGCAGUGGCUAUAUCCAGCGACGAGGAGCGUCUCAGGUUUAUGUGGAAUUGCGAUUCACCAUGAUGGAGUGCUCUUCCAGGAGCACACACCACCGCAGCUGUAAAGAGACCUUUAACCUCUACUACUACCAGGCAGACUCCAAUGAUGCCACUGCUACCUACCCACCCUGGAUGGAGAACCCUUACGUUAAGGUGGACACAGUGGCUGCAGACUUUCUACUAAGGAAGGACGGGGAGAAGAAAUUGAAUGUGAAGACCUUGAGACUCGGUCCUCUUAGUAAGAGAGGCUUUUACUUGGCUUUCCAAGCUCAGGGCGCCUGCAUGGCUCUGCUGUCUGUCAGGGUGUUCUUCAAGAAGUGUCCUCCUCUGGUCAGUGCUCUUUCCUCUUUCCCCGAGACUAUACCCCGUACUCUUGUGCAAGAGGCACAGGGUGUAUGUGUGGAGCAUGCAGCUCAGCAGGGUCCACGACUUCGGCCACCUAAGCUUUUCUGUGGGGAAGAUGGCCAAUGGGUGGGCCAACCAACAACCUCCUGUGCAUGUGUACCGGGAUUUGAACCAGCUGAGGGCUACACAAGAUGCACAGCCUGUCCUGUGGGUCAGUUUAAGUCGGGCACAGAGGGACAGUGCAGAGGCUGCCCAGGAUUCAGCCAGGCCACCAUCAGGGGAUCGUCAGUGUGUGCAUGUCGUCCUGGGUACCUACGUGCCGAAUCGGACACUCCUGACACCCCAUGCACAAGAACUCCCUCGGCUCCUCGCAGCAUCAACCCCACCGUUAACUUCACCACGCUCACUCUGGAUUGGAAUGAGCCGCUAGAUAACGGUGGCAGAACAGACCUGAGCUACGCUGUGAGGUGCUCGCUAUGCGGGUCACCAAAGGAAACGUGCCUGCCCUGCGGAGACAGCGUCAGUUACCGGCCUGCGCAAGAUGGCCUUCUGGGUCGCAGGGUGGAGGUGUGGGGCCUGCUGCCGCACACAACAUACACUUUCACUAUUCAGGCACUCAACGGGGUGUCUCAGCUCAGUGCCAAGGCGCCUGCCAGUGAAAGUGUCAACAUCACUACGACCCACAAUGUGCCGCCACUGGUGUCUGUGAUUCAGAAGAGCGACUCCACAGAGAGCAGUCUGACUCUGCACUGGUCAGUCCCAGCUCAGCCACACUACACCAUCCUGCAGUAUCAGCUGCGCUACUGUGAGAAGGAGCGACGUAGCGAGGACCAGUGCCACUUCAUGGAGAGUAACAGAAACCAGGCUGUGCUGACAGACCUGCGCAGGGCUAGUCAGUAUGAAGUGCGGGUUCGGGCACGCACCCUGGCCGGCUACGGCAGCUUCAGUCCACCAGUUAUUUUCAGCACUCUGCCUGAUGGACAUGACUCUGCCUCCCAGUUCUUGGUACCUGGCAUUCUUAUCGCUGUCGGGAUGCUGCUGCUUGUCACUUUCGUCUUUGUGGCCGCCUACUGCAUUCGCCGGCACAGCCGAAUAAAGGAUCCAGAGCUGAGUGACAAAAACAGCCAGUACCUCAUUGGCCAAGGGGUCAAGGUUUAUAUCGACCCUUUCACCUAUGAGGACCCUAAUGAGGCAGUGAGAGAAUUUGCCAAGGAAAUCGAUGUUUCCUUUGUCAAAAUUGAGGAGGUCAUCGGUGCCGGGGAGUUUGGGGAGGUGUGUCGAGGACGACUAAAGAUUCCAGGGAAAAAGGAAAACUACGUAGCAAUUAAAACUCUAAAGGGAGGUUACACUGAGAAGCAGAGACGGGACUUCCUGUCUGAGGCAUCCAUUAUGGGACAGUUCCAACACCCCAACAUUAUCCAUCUGGAGGGAAUCAUCACAGCCAGCUGUCCAGUCAUGAUCCUGACAGAGUAUAUGGAGAAUGGAGCUCUGGACUCUUUUCUUCGGCUGAAUGACAGCCAGUUCACACCCAUCCAGCUGGUUGGUAUGCUGCGUGGCAUUGCCUCUGGCAUGAAGUACCUGGCAGAGAUGAGUUACGUCCACCGAGACCUGGCUGCCCGCAACAUCCUGAUCAACAGCAACCUGGUGUGCAAGGUGUCUGACUUUGGCUUGUCACGCUUCCUGCAGGAGAACUCCUCUGACCCGACCUACACUAGCUCUCUGGGAGGUAAGAUCCCAAUCCGCUGGACAGCACCGGAGGCGAUAGCCUUCAGAAAGUUUACCUCAGCCUCAGAUGUGUGGAGCUAUGGCAUCGUCAUGUGGGAGGUCAUGUCUUUUGGAGAAAGACCGUAUUGGGACAUGAGCAACCAGGAUGUGAUCAAUGCCAUAGAGCAGGACUAUCGGCUGCCCCCACCACCUGACUGCCCCACCCACCUGCACCAACUGAUGCUGGACUGCUGGCAGAAGGACCGCUCGGCACGGCCUCGCUUUGCAGACCUUGUUAGCGCUCUGGACAAACUCAUCCGCAACCCCGCAUCGCUGAAAAUAGUGGCUCAAGAAGGAGCAGGGCCGUCCUACCCCCUGCUGGACCAGCGUGCACCUUUAGCUCUCCCACCGUGUGCCUCAGUGGGGGAUUGGCUAAGGGCCAUCAAGAUGGAGCGUUAUGAAGACAGUUUCCUUCAGGCCGGCUUCAACUCAGUGGACCAGCUAGCCCAGAUCACUACACAAGAUCUGCUGCACAUGGGAGUGACUUUGGCUGGGCAUCAGAGGAAAAUCCUUUCCAGCAUCCAGACAAUGACCUUUCAAAACAAGAGCACUGCAACUGUGACCUUCUAGCUGACCUGCCUCUUAUUCUGGACAUGACACCAGCACACAGGUGCUGUCAAAUACUGAGAGCACUCUGGAUCCUCUGCUGUGAGCCACUUUGAACACAGACUCAAAGAGAGAUUAGCAACUUUAUUCAUGACCAAGAAAAAUAGGGGGGAAAAAGUCAUGUGAACUGUUAAGAGUUGUCCAGAGAUUGGCAGGUCUCAGUCACAGAGGGACCAGGUGAUAAAGCUGUGCAGAGUGACUGCUUCUUUUUUUUUUUUUUUAACAUUUGUGGUCAGUGUUUUUACAUCUACCCAAGAUUUGGAGUCAGUACAUGUGGUAAACAGAGGACCAGCAGACCAGUGUCAUUAAAAAAAAAAUAUAUAUAUAUAUACUGGUCCGUUGUCUCAAAAUGUCACUUUGAACUUUCACCAAAGGAGACAAGAAGAAAUGCCAAUAUUUUUAGUUUUCGUAUUGUUGUGUAAUUAUGAAUGGAAACUGCUUUCGAGGCUGAUGACAUUACUUGAGAGACACCUUUCACAUCAAGAACAUGAACAUUUUAAGUGUGGGACUUUUACUCCCCACCCCCCACCCAAUUUGAUUUCAAUAUUACCUCCUUUUUACUCAGGUGUGAUGUGUAAUGCAGACUUUGGAGAGCGCUGUACUCGCUCUAAUCAGACUCCUGAUCUUCCUCAGUCUGGCUCUCUUUGCCAGCUCAGCAACAUGUGAGAAGAAAGGCACAGAGACAUAUCAGCACUUUUGUCAUUUCAGAGUCAAUUGUAAUCUUCAGUAACUCCAUGUGUUUCUCAUGGAGAGAGGUUGGUUAUUUCUAAUUCUGGUGUUUCUGCUGGCAGCUCAGUUUUAUUAUAGUCGGGCUGAACAAAGACCAAGUGGACUGAGAGACCAGAGAAAACUGUAGAAUCAGUUCUCUUUAUAGAAAAUAACAAAGGAUGUAGUCUGGCCUCAAGCUUGUUUUUCUUGAUAUAACUGAUACAUUUUUAAUUAUCUUAUUCUGUAUUCUGCAUUUUUCAGUGCCAUUCAUUUGUCUUUGUGAACUAAAAUGCCAUUUUUAUAAAGCAGAAGUCUUUCACGAGUGAUUCGGUUCUGUCUCUUUUAAAUACACCUUAAAGGGUAACUGUCUGCUUUUGUGAUACAAAAAGAGGUUCCUAACAAAAAGCAUGAAAAACAGUACAUGACCUUAAGUUAACACACUAGCUUGUAGCCACCUUGGUUGGUUGGUUUCACCAGUGGUUUCGCUCUGCAAAGCCAGUGAUUCUCACAGCUGCUGUUUGAUUAGCAGAGCAACACCUCUCACUUUGCUGGAUGUAAUGUCAGUACAAUAUUUCUGCAUAUGGGUACCUAAAAAGGAUAAGCAGAAGAAGAUAGAUGGAUGGAUGGAAAACAAA